CAGCGUGUGCGCGCGUGUGUGCUAGUGUUCUUGAAUGUCGGAUGGUGGCUGGAGAAGGAAAAGCUUGUUUACACAGACGGGCCGAGCGUCUGGGGAAUAGCGCACGGCGAGAGGAAGUGAGCCGGCUCGCUGUCUGCACCAACUUCCUGCUCAGAGAGAGAGAGAGAAAGAGAGAGCGAAAACAGUCGGGAUCCCAUUACAGUCCGACUGAGAGCUGCCGAGACGGCCGACAGCAUGGAAAAACAGCGCAUUAUACGGAAUUCUUUUUAAUAACGUGAAAAAGGACCCCAAAAAGCCUGACCAUUACGCACAGAUAUGGAGAGUGCUAUCACGCUGUGGCAGUUUCUGCUACAGCUACUGCUGGACCAGAGCCAUAAGCACCUGAUUUGCUGGACGUCCAACGACGGCGAGUUCAAGCUGCUCAAAUCGGAAGAAGUCGCCAAACUCUGGGGCCUACGCAAGAAUAAGACCAACAUGAACUACGACAAACUUAGCCGAGCACUACGCUACUACUAUGACAAGAACAUCAUAAAGAAAGUGAUUGGCCAGAAGUUUGUAUAUAAGUUUGUCUCGUUCCCUGAUAUUCUGAAGAUGGAUCCCCAAGCGGUGGAGCUCGGUCGGGAUGGGGGUCACGUUGCAGGGGGCGUCAUGUUGCAGGAGGUGGAGUCAGAUUGCGGCGAGGGGGAGGAGUCUCCGAAGCUGUCGCUGUCAUCGCUGAGAAGCCCCGCCUGCAGGAAUGAGUAUCUCCACUCUGGUCUGUACUCGUCAUUCACAGUCAGUUCCCUCCAAAGCCCGCCUCCGCUGCUGCGUCCAAUCAAAGUCGAGAAGCAGCGAUGGGGUGAACGAGGGGAGGAGGGACAAACGGUGAUUCGCUUUGUCACUAAUCGAUCAGAAAAGGUCGUUCCCCUGGCUUCCUCGCCGCCACCUGCAUCCACGGAGGUUUUCUUUGCUUCAGAAACCUCCCCCUGCUCGUCCCGUAGCCCCUCCCCUUCUCAUAGCCUUGUCUACAUGCUGCGGCAAGAGCGGAGCCCGGGGGCUCGCAUAGACGAAUCAGAGCAGAGCGCUCAGCCUCUAAAUUUAUCAUCCGGCCACAGGGAGCGAGCCCAGAAUCGGGCCACGCCCCCCGAGAGGAGGACCGGUAGCAACGGACUGCCUCCCAAAGCUCGGAAACCCAAAGGGCUGGAAAUCUCCGCCCCUUCCAUACUGCUUUCAGGAAGUGACUUGGGCUCCAUCGCCCUCAACAGCCCAGCACUGCCCUCAGGGUCACUUACACCAGCCUUUUUCACUGCACAGACUCCUUCUGGUUUGCUGUUGACGCCCAGUCCUCUCCUGUCCUCCAUUCAUUUCUGGAGCAGCCUGAGUCCCGUAGCCCCUCUCAGCCCCGCCAGGCUACAGGGCCACGGGUCACUCUUUCAGGUACGCACAAAACAUUCUCAAACCUGUAAAAAGAGGAAUCUGAAAAUGAGGAUGUGUUUUAUUUUGUUUAGCACUGACGUGCAAGUGUGCUUUAGAAAGUGAUUCGCUUGUCUGUUUUGCGAGCGUGUUUGUUUUUGGUGUCUUGUUUCAGCCUUCAUGUGAGCGAGAGGGGAAAUCCUGUGGAUACUUCCUGUUCUGGCCCGGGGGAGAGUGAGUGUGUAGGGAGAUGUGUGUGUGUGAGCGAAAAAGACAGAACGCAAACCGUGUAUUUAUGCUCAUCUUGCAUUUUGAGGGGAGGGUCCUGUCUUUACUGUAAACAUCGCUAGCAGCAGGAAACCAUUAAGGUAACCACGGCGACUGCUUGGCUCUGCCUUUACAGGAAUUGUGACAGUUCGUGAUGUGCACUUUUACUACCACACACACACACACACACACACAGAGACAGACGUACACUCACUCCCCCACUCUCACUUCCUCCCUGGCGGCCAUACUGGGAGUUUUCUGGUUGGUCACAUGACUGUCAUUCCUGCUGUUAUUGGCUGCAGUGGAAAACUUUUGUGGCAUGUCUGGCUUUUUUUCUUUCACAGUGCAAUUCUUCUUGGGGCCUUUUUGUGUCGAUUUUCUAUACCUGUAAAAUAUAUACCAGGAAAAAAAAGAUGCUUUUGAGUCAAUCCGGGAAAUGGAUUUACUGGUGUAUGAGUGUGUGUGUGCAUUAGUGUUUGGAAAUAAGCUACAGAUGUUUCCGCUCUGCAUUGGAUAUGGGAGAAAAACAGCUUCCUGUUCAAAAAGGGAGGGGGUGAUAACUGAAAAAGACUCUGUGUCUGUGUGUAUAGUCAGCUCUCACAUAACAGGAAGUUCCUCUUCUAGCGCUACCGUGAUGGACUACGAGCGUGUUUGUUUUGUGAACCACAAAGACAGGUUUUUUUUCCCCUCACUGAGGUGUAUUAGGGAGAUAUUUACAGAAACUUAAGAAAUGCCCAGGUUUUUUUUUUUUUUUGAAGCCCAGUUGUAAGUAUACUUUAUGGUGGUAUUUGUUGUACUAAAUUUAUGGUAUUUUUAAAAAUAAAAGAAUAAGGUAAAUAAUUCAUUAUUGUAUUAUGGGAAUAAGAUUUUUAGGGGAAAAGGUCCUGAAAAUGUAAUCAGUGCUAAAAUCGGCCCUACAGGCUUAAUUUGAUUUGCUUCUUUAUAUUUAUCAUUAUUAGGUUAAAAUA